AUGGGCUCAGAGGAGAAGGAUAUCGGCAUUUCCUCUGGUGUGGAAACCAACACCGACAUGAGCAAGAUAAAACAUGUCGACUCCACCAUAGAGAAGCAUGCACACGAUGCCGAUGAGGCUAUGAAGGUCUUUGACGGUCUUCAUGGCGAAACUAUCGAGCUAGACGAGGCCACAAAUCGCCGCUUGUUAAAGAUUAUUGAUUGGCAUAUGAUGCCUAUCAUGUGUUUGGUCUAUGGCAUGAAUUAUCUUGAUAAAACGACUCUCUCCUAUGCUAGUGUUAUGGGUCUCAAGAAGGAUCUGAAUCUCAAGGGAGACCAGUAUCAGUGGCUUGGGAGUUUGUUCUACUUUGGCUAUCUCGCUUGGGAAUACCCGACCAACCGCCUCCUCCAGCGCCUCCCACUAGGAAAAUAUUCUGCGGCCUGUAUAUUAAUCUGGGGAUUGAUCCUUAGUUGUUUUGCCGCUGUCAGCAACUACUCCGGUGCUAUCGCCAUCCGCUUUAUGCUCGGAGUGUUCGAAGCCGCUGUGACACCAGGUUUUGCACUUUUGACUUCCCAGUGGUACACAAAACAAGAACAAGGCAGCCGCGUUAACAUCUGGUUCAGCUUCAACGGCGUAGGCCAAAUCUUCGGCGGAGUAGUCGCCUACGGCAUCGCCGUCGGUGCCGAAAAGCACGGGUCCUCUAUCGAUCCAUGGAAGAUUAUUUUCCUCGUCACUGGUCUCCUCACCAUCUGCUUGGGAUUGGUUUUCCUCUGGAUUGUACCUGACAACCAACUCAAUGCACGGUGGUUAAAUGAAGAAGAUCGGGUCCUGGCUGUUGCCCGUGUAAGGGUCAACCAGCAAGGCAUUGGGAAUAAGAACUUCAAAUUGUAUCAGGUCAAAGAAGCGCUUUUGGACCCGAUGACAUGGGCUUUCUUCUUUUAUGCUUUGAUUGCUGAUAUUCCGAAUGGGGGUAUUACCAAUUUCUUCAAUCAGUUGAUUGCAAGCUUCGGAUAUACUGAUCAAGAGAGUCUAAUUCUGGGUAUCCCUGGCGGCGCAGUGGAAAUUAUUGCGCUAUUGCUCAAUGGCUAUGUCGGACAAAUCACCGGUCAACGUGUUCUGGCCAGUUUGGGUGGGCUCGUCGCUUCAAUUGUGGGGAUGUUGCUCAUUGUCGCUCUACCCCUAUCAAACAAUGUUGGUCGUUUGAUUGGUUACUACCUCACACAAGCCAGCCCGACACCUUUCGUGGCAUUACUAUCGCUGAUUUCUUCUAAUGUCGCGGGAUAUACUAAGAAGACAACAGUGGCAGCUUUAUAUUUGAUUGGAUAUUGUGCCGGAAAUAUUAUCGGCCCACAAACCUUCCGUCCACAGGACGCUCCCCGCUAUGUCUCCGCUGAAGUGACAAUUAUCGUUUGCUGGGGUGUCUGUUUAUUCCUGUUGGUCGGUGUGUGGAUGUGGUAUCGCCGUGAGAAUGCGAAGAAGCUCCUUUUCACUGCUCGACCAGAGUAUGUGAGACUUGAGAAUCAAGAAUGGCUUGAUUUAACAGAUCGGGAGAAUCCUGAAUUCAUUUAUUCUCUUUAA